GCGCGAUCAUUGAGUGCCCGUGAGAAUCCCCUUGUUUCAGUCUCUACCCAAAACCCGGUCUUUAAACACAUCAAAAAAUCCUCCAGAUCCCAAAUCAUCUUCAAAGCUCCACCAAAAAUCAUUUCAAUUGAUUACCGAGCCCGUAUCAAAUCGAUCUAUCCAAUAAUUCGACUAUUGAAAUCUUGUUUCGGAAUAAAUCCUUAAAUAACUCCAUUCCCCCAGCUCAUCUCCAACGUCUUCAGGGAAUAAUCUAAAUUAACUACCGCGCAUAAAAUCGAACGAUCGAGAAAUCCGUCGUUUUGGCGAACGACAGGGUUUCAGACAGAAGUUUAAUCGACGUAAAAAGUAAAUUUUAAAGAAGAAGAUUAAGGGAAAAAUAUAAAAAAUGAAAGGCAGUGGAAGACCGAUAAUUAGGAUGGCUCCGGAGACGACGCAUGGAGCUGGUGGAGUCGAGUGUUGCUUCUGUCGCUGCUGUACUUGCAUUCACAUUGAAUUCUUCAGGACUCUUCCUGGAGUUGUGAAAAUAGCCGAAACGGUAAUGAGUGGCAUUAUCCAGAGUCUAUUGAUAAACUACGGUCUGCGAUACAGUGCAACAAUCGGUUCCGCCUUCGAGGGGUCGUUAACCACAUCUUCAGCGUGUUUUCUCACAUCUUCCGUAUUAUUAGCCUGUUAUAUUAUUUCUAAGAAAUCGUACGGACUUAUUCGAGCAUCUUUAUUUGAAAUGAUGUUCAAUACUUUGGCAUGCUUUCUAUACCUGAGUUCUGCGUCCUACCUCGGAUUUUCGACGAAGAUGUUCCUGUGGCCACAGUACUACAUCACUCCUGGAUUUGACGUGUAUCCGGCAAUGACAGCAGCAUAUAUGCUGAGCGGCGUCGUAGGAUGUUUACACGGGGCCGAUGCGUACUUCUCCUUCCGGGAGUACAGGAGAAGAUAAUCAUGGCAUCUGUUAACUCCGAAAUAAUCGUUGUCAUAUUAAUAAUUAAUUGUUACUGCAGUCAUACCAAAAAAUUCCUAAGGCUAUUACGUUUCUAAUGUUUUAAGAUAUAUUUAUAAUACCAGAAAAGAACGCGCGCUUCGUGCACGCAUGUCUCGCUCUUAAGUGGAAAUUCUAAUGAGAAAUUGAAAAUCAAAAGAAUAGGCUUCAGAUAAUUAUUUCGACUGAACAUAAAAUUUUUGUUUAUUAUAUUGAUUAUACAAUUCUUUGUGUACAUAAUUUUUACAAUUUUAUUAUCUCGCUGACUUCUGAAAUAAAUUCUAUUUUAAUUCCUAAAA